CAGUUGUGGGGGCAAGGUUCACGCUGUUUUCCCGUCUCCGAGCUGAGGUGGAGUACGUUAACGCGCCAUGCCGGGGCUUCACCUUCAACUACAGUAUCAUCGCUCCAGCUAAGAAACGGUCGUCUACUCCCUUAAACGGCCAUUCACAUUAAGUUGAACCGUGAUGUGACAAGGUCUGGAUUAUUAUAUCAAUACUGAGCCAUGGACACAGACAGUUCAUCUGUGACAGAUCACUCUUCAGACGAAAGUACGGCAUACUUUGAUAUACAGUAUGUACUAGACCGUGAUUCAAAUGAUGACACGUCCACUAGUGAGCCAGAGAACGGCCAAAAGCCUAGCGAAAAGCUACCUUUAAGUGUUGACCGCUGCACCAUUUGUGGUGAGACAUUUGACAAGCCUUGGAAGCGAGAGAGUCACAAAUGUGCACACACAAAAGAAUCAACAACUCAUCACCCGGAAAAGACAGAAGACGAGAAGCCAUGUCAACCCCAGGAUUCCCCCACCAAGACAAACACGCACACGUGUUCUGAGUGCAAGAAAGUGUUCCUAAGGCCUUCCAGCUUAGAGAGGCAUAGAUGUUUCCCUACCAAGAAACAAAAGGCAAAAGUUGAGGACCCAGACCCUUCAUCUGCAGCGCAUCGCCCAUUAGACAAAAGUGCCUCAGACAUUGAUGUUAAUUAUGUAUUGGAAUCAAGUGAUGCCUCGACUGCCGGUGAGCCAAAGAACGGCAAACAGCCUAAGAAGACGCCUCCGAAGAAGAUCCACUGUUGCACCAUUUGUGACAAGAAGUUUGAUAAGCCUUCUCGGCUAGCAAGGCACAUGCCCGUACACACAAAGCUGGUAAGGACAAUUUGCUAUCCUUGUCUGCAUUGUGACAAGACUUUUAAAGAAGAAGAUAAGCUAUUGCGCCACCAGGCUUCCCACAACAGGACGAACGUGCACCCAUGCCCCGACUGUGGCAAAGUCUUCAACCGGCCUUGCAGACUAGAGAGGCAUAAACGCACCCAUGCCAAGGAACCAAAGGUGCCCCACCAGUGUUCCUACUGCACGAAGACAUUCAAGAAACUUUACCAGCUUGUCCGACACGUGCGAAUGCACACUGGGGAGAGGCCAUUUAACUGCUCCUUAUGUGGGAAGUCCUUCACCGAGUUGGGCCACUGCAAAGCUCAUGAAAAGACGCACCUAGAACAGCCGGAGAAGCCUCACCUCUGCCCCGAAUGCGGCAAGUCCUUCUUUAAGGCGUCGGAACUCGAUAGGCACAAGCGCUCCCACACUGGCGAGAAACCUUUCCAAUGCACCGAAUGCGACCGAUGCUUCUCUCGCUCGGAGAGUCUGAAGAGACACAUCAGGAGCCACACAGGGGAGCGACCGUACAUAUGCGACUUUUGCAGCAAGGCAUUUUAUUCCCGUCACGAUUUGAACAUUCACAUGCUGAUCCACACCGGAGAGAAGCCCCAUAUUUGCACCGUGUGUGGCAAAGGGUUCACACAGCGGGGCAACAUGAUAGAGCACAAGAAAAGUGUCCACUUCAGGUCCGAGAAAUACGAUUGCACAGAAUGCAGUGCAAGCUUCAAUCGGUACAAGUCGCUGAUCCUGCAUCAGCGGGUACACACAGGAGAGAAGCCAUAUCAUUGCUUGCCGUGUGAUCGGAGCUUUUCAUGGAGCCACUGCCUUAGGCGACAUCGCAAGACUCUCGCUCACAAGCAGGUGAUGACCGAUGCAUCCAAAGACCUACAGGGGCCUGUUGAUGCUGAAGGGCUUGCUGAGGAUCACUGCAGUUUUAACAUUUAACUGUGAGGACAAAACCUCUUAAUCCUGUAGUUCACCAGUGGCUAGACUAGAUCCCUUUGUUCCCCUUUUAAUCUUAAUUUAUCAUUUACCUGAGCACUCUAUGCUUCCACCUUUUGAGGGGUGAGCGGAAGGGCACUUGGGAAGAUAUUUCCAAAGUUACCCAACAAAAGGUAAUGCACUGUAAUUAACUGACACUUAUUUUUGGGGAGAAUUGAAAAUACAGUAUGUACAGUUCCAGUCAGUGGUUUACAUGCCAUCAUCAUGGGCUUGAAUGUUCAUUUUUGGCCCUACAGGAUUUAUUUGAACAAUUCUUUUUCCAGGAGGGGAUGGAAAUUCAUCCAGUUCAACAUUUGUUUUGUUUUAGAAGAAAAUUGGAUGCACAAGCAACACAUCCCAGCUCUGGAAUGUAGCGAUUUCAUAGGAACAUAUUUAGUCAUUAAAUAAGGAAUUGAUUGAGGAAAAAAUGACAAUGGUUGGUAAAAUUAAAUUAAAUUAAAAAAUAUGGAUGUCUGCAUUCAGAAUCAUACUCUAAAUAAAAAAGGUAAAAUUCAAAAUCAGGUUCAGGU